AGACGAUGGCAGAGUUUGACACUACAAGUGUGUCUACUGCCAUAUCCGUCGCUGAGUCUGUGGAGAAGACCAAGAAACAGGUCAAAAAGAAGAGUACGAAGCGCCUCAAACAAUGGACUAAGGAGGAGGAUAAGAUCCUUCGGGAAGUGGUUGACCGGUACGGCGAGAAAUUCGACAUGGCCACACAAUACCUCACGCACAGAUCCGAAGGACAGAUUGCGCAGAGGUGGCUUAAGGUGUUGUCGCCAGACAUUGUCAAGGGGGCCUGGACACCCGAAGAGGAUGCCAAGGUUAUCGAGCUGAUUAAAGAAAACGGGACAAAAGACUGGUCGCUUAUAUCGGGCUUCCUACCAGGGCGGGUCGGCAAGCAGUGUCGCGAGAGAUGGCAUAAUCAUCUGAAUCCUGAGGUCCGAAAAGGCCCUUGGACGAGCGAAGAGGAGGGCACCAUCAUCGAAGCCCAGGCCAGACUGGGCAACAAGUGGUCGCAGAUCUCAGCGCUUAUUCCGGGACGUACCGAUAAUGCAAUCAAGAACUACUGGAACUCCACCAUCAAGAAGAAGGUGCUCGGCAUAGAGAGCGGACGCCCUGGCCGUCGCAAACACUCCGCGGGCGACUCCAAACGAGAGGACCAGGAGAACAUGCCAGACAGACCCACCCCAGAGAAGACCAAAGUGUCUGUCAAGUCGGCGCUGGGCGUCAGCGACCGCACAACGCGUGGGCCCAUGCUGGAGAUCGAUCGCCAACUACACGGUGUGCUGAACCGCAAGAACGGCGUCAAAGUGGUCAACGCCAGUCCCACGUCCUCCGCCUCGCCGCCGGCCGAGAUGGACGGACUGGACCUCAAGAAGGAGAGCGGAACAGCGUACUUCAACGGAGGCAUUACCUACACCAAGAAGUCCAAGAAGCGCAAGACGGGCAUCCCAUUCACACAGAGCUCUCCGUUGCCAAAGUAUCCGAAGGACGAGGUCAACGUAAACGACCCCUUUGGGGCCAACGGAAAGGCCGUAUCUCUAUUCGACUCUGCUCUGGACUAUGGGACCACCGGUGAUGUGGUGUGUACGCCUCAGGUGCACAAUAGCGGUGUCCAUGGCGCCCACUGCAUGCCCCACCGUGUGUCUAAGAGGAUGCGAGGCGGUCGUGGCGUGGACGAGCAUGCUUCUGAGGAUGAACAUGAGGAUGCUGACCUGUCGGGCUUCAUGCCCCGUUUGAGCUCGUUUUUUGUCAACCCCCUGGACCUCCACGACAAAAACCCUGAGCCACAACACGCCGUCGGCCAUCAUGACUGGGAUCUGGACUUAGAACUCGCAGAUACCAGUGUGGCCGAUGCACUGGAUGCCGAGAACUCCAAGCGAUUGCUCAUGCACAGCCACGCCAAUGCCGACCCACCCCACACCCUACGGCCCCCGUCCACACCCAACAAGCACUUGAUGACCUCUGGCGCACCCAUCAGUCCGUCGUGGAAGGACAUGCCUGGCUUCACCACCAGCACGCACGAGUGCCCUACUAAGGCCUUGGGCGAUUUCUCGGCGCCGUUUUUCACCACCACGCUGCUGGACCAGUACGCAGAGGAGUCGCAAAAUGGCCUCAACGCCGAUCUCAACAUGCUGUGCAAGCCCCUGUCUCAGAGUGGCAUCGCCCCUUCAUCCAGUAUUCCGUUGCUCGGUGGUACGGCCUCCAGCUUGUCGGUUCAUGACCUACCCACGCCCGCCUACUUUCUGGACAGCCAGCCGCUCAGCGUGGACCGGGUGAAGCCAAACGCACCGCCAAAGACCGAGGCACCAUCACCACAACAGCAGAGUCUGAAAAGCAGUGACAGUCAAACGUACGCGUACACCAUCACAGACCUGGACUCCAUCCCCUCACUCACUGCCCCUGUAGAACCCACCACAGCCGAGCCCAAUGAACAGCUCACACACUCGCCAGUACUGGCGCAUGGGCUGAUGGACGCCCACGACUUUGGCACAAUGCACAUGGACGACUACAGCCACGACCACCAGGCGUCACCACUGCAGCAGCCAUCCACUACCACCAGCCUCAACGACUCACUGGCAGCACUCCACACCACCGACCACGCCGACCCACACACGCGCGCCAGCCACCACAGCCACCGCAGCACCCUGCUGGGAGAACACGAACACACGGGACAAGCACACCCCGACGAGGCCUACGGACAAACAGGCGACACCACACACCUACAGUACCAGCCACUGCAGACCACGGCCACUGAGGCCCAGCCACCCCACCUUAUGCUGGGUGACAGCGCUCCCGGCUUAGUGUUAGCUGAGAGCUCGGCCAGUUUGCUACUGAGCGAAAGCGAACAAUCGCCCAGUCUGUUGCUGGACGCAGACAAUGCCGAGAUGUACACAAACGAACAUAGGAGCUUCAACGCACAAACAGCCACAAAGAAAGUGAGCCAGGAGGCUGCAGAGCACUUCAAGCUGUCGGCGGCGGAGAGCACCAACGCCCUCCUCCAGUCGCAGGAGAGCUUUGACAGUAUACACUCACAGCUGCAGCUCAGCGAAGACCUGCGGGCACAUGGCGGGGAGUGGGGCAUGCGGGUAGAAGCACACCACGCCCAGCAGCCACAGGCAGCGGCUGACGACCCACCCAGCCUCAACACGUCAGCCUUCAGCGCAAGCACCUUCUACUCAAACCCCACCAGCGACGACAGUCGACACGCCACCACGUUCACCUCAGCGCGUCACACGCACGACACGGCGUGGGGGAGUGAGGCGCCCAUGCACGCGACCAACAAGGACAACAAGGAGAACUGUCCUGCGGCUGUCAACCGCCCACACCAUAUGCGCGCACCCAUGGCACCCCCCGCCAAGGGGGGGCCUUUGUCCUGCAAGAAACCGGCCAAUGCACAGCCAACUAUGGGCAGAAACUCGCCCAAGCCACCACCGCUAUCAGUGUGCACCAACACGGCCCAUGGGCCACCCAGGACGGUGUCACCCGCAAGCAAGUGCAAGUCAUCGCCCACGCACAAGCAGCCUUUAACGCUCAUGGGGUCACACGGAACAACCCAGCCGCAGGUAUCAGCACACGCCACGUCACGGCCCAACACAACACAGCGACAGGUGCAGAAGAUGGCGCAUGCACACACCACCACCACCCCAUGGCCAGAGGACAGCCCCAUGGCCCACACAUCCACUCACGGCGAACACUGCACACCCUUCAGAGCACGCCCACAGCAAGCCACGCUGCCCUCGUCACCAUCGCACUUCUUGGUAUGUCGCGUGAUGAUUAUAGGGACAUGUGCAUAUAUAGCACAUACACAUGUGCAUAUAUACCACAUGCACAUGCAUCUCAAGCUGGACCGGUGGGUACUAGCUUGUAGUAUAUAUCAGCUUGAGAUACAUCUCAGUGCUGAUGUAUCUACAUGUGCUGAUGUAUCUACAUGUGCUGAUGUAGCUACAUGUGCUGAUGUAUCUACAUGUGCUGAUGUAUCUACAUGUGCUGAUGUAUCUACAUGUGAGAUGUGUCUCAAGCUUGGAGAUAUAUCAUCCCAUGCUGGUGCCACCUUGCGCUUGUACCGAAUUAGGCCUAAUUUUAUCUGA